UUUGAACAAAAUACAAGAUUUCUUCUUCAUGUCUGUUUUCCAAUUGAUUUUACCACAAAAAAGCAAUUAGGCCUUCGUAGUCAAUAUAAUAUUGUUAAAAAUUCCGCUCAUUAUAUAAAUGAUAAAUUGUAUCAUCAAUUGAUUAGAGUGUUAGAUAUGGAUUGCCCAUCCGCAAUUGAAAUUCUUUUGGAGGCUAAUUCAACGUUACAUUUUAUAUUACCUAACAGAUGGGUACUUUUAUUUGGAAAAAAUACCAGCGAUUUGAGUGAGUCUUUGUUACUGGAUGUCGAUAGCAAUGUUCUUACAGCUAGAAUUUUUAAUAAUGAGUUGAUACAUUUGAAGCAACCGUACAAGUACAAUCGCUAUGAAACAUAUUUUGUUUAUGAAACAUUUGGAUUUUGGGCUAAGGAUACUGGAGUAUUUGAUCAAAGAACUCAAAAAGUGAUAACACACCGACGAAGAAAUCUGAAUGGUUAUGAAAUGAAGCAAUCAUAUUUCUUCUUCUCAAAAGAUACACCUAAGCAUCUCGAAGACUUUGUAGAUGCACAUAUCGACUCGAAUGGAAAGCAUUCCUUUAAUAUGAACAAAUUAUUAUGCUUUUAUGUAAAUGCAACCCAAAAAUACAGACUUACUAAUAGUUGGGGUCGUUUAUUACCAAAUGGAUCAUGGACUGGUGUGGUAAAGAAAGUGCAAACAGGAGAAGAUGACGUUACAGGCUCAGCUAUAGCUAUUUUGGGCACUCGCUUACAUAUACUUCGUUAUAUAUCUAGAACAUCAAAAUGUCGAGCUGGUUUUAUAUUCCGAAUGCCUGCUUUAUCGAAAGUUAGUAAUAUUUUACGCUUGUCGUUCCAAACUAAAUUAUGGGGUGGUUUGGGGCUUCUUUUGGUCUUGGUUAUAGUGAUAAUGAAAUAUUUGUUUACAAGUGAAGUUAAAAGAAAUAGAACUAAAAAUAAAACCUAUAACAUUGAAUCCUUAUCUCUACAAAAAGGAUGGGCAUCUAUAUUUGUUUUUAUUGUGGGUUCAUUAUGCCAACAAGGUGUCGAGAAAGAACCAGAGGGUGUUUCAGGACGUGUGGGUACAUUUUUUGUUUAUUUAUCCAUGUUAUUCAUUUAUACAUCAUAUUCAGCUAAUAUUGUCGCUCUUCUACAAGCUUCAGCGAGUAUUGAAAACGUCGAUGAAUUUAUGCAAAGUCCAUUAACAGCAGGACUUCUGGAUUUUGAAUUUUCUAAACUUAUGUUUGAAAAUUCAACGAAUCCAAUACGAAAACAAAUUUAUGAUGAUAAAGUUAAUAAGGGCUCAAAAGGUUAUUAUUCGUAUGCGAAGGGUGUCGAAAACAUAAGAAAAGGGGGUUUUGCAUUUUAUGCAGAACCAGGUAUUGUAUUUCAUUAUAUAAGUAAGACUUUUGAAGAAAAUGAAAAAUGUGACCUACAAGAAAUUGGUACUCCUGGGGAGUUUCUUGCCCUAUUUCAUGCAACACCGCAUAAUUCUCCCUACGUCGAAUUAUUUAGAAAUGGGCUUCUACGGUUAGACGAGACGGGCUUACAACAAAGAUGGUACUUAAGAAUUUAUAAAUCUAAACCAAAAUGUGGAGCGUCGGUCGCAAAUUUUGUUCCCGUUGGAAUAAUAGAAAGUUAUUGGGCAUUUGUUAUUUGGGCUUACGGUGUUGGUUUCCGGUCAGUUGUCGAAUUUGAAUAA